CACAGUCGCUUCUUCUUCUUCUUCUUCUUCUUCUUCUUCUUCUUCUCCAUUGAUACUUUCCCAAGCAAAGCUUCUUCAAUCUUCCUCGUGGUAAUAGUGAGAUUCCUAGAGUGUGUUCUGAAUGGAGGCAGUAAUUAAGAAAUGGCAGCAGAAGUUCAGAAAAGGGAAGGACGAGAUGGAAAAGUGGGAUGCACUUCAAGUUCGAUGGGUUUCCCUCUUCAGAAACGCUUCUUCUAUCAUCCAGAGAUUACAGGAAAUACAAAAUCAUGGGAGCUAUGGAGCUUUGAGAUGUCUGAAAGGGAUUGAAGACGCAGUUGUGCAGCAACAGAUGGGUCAACUGGACUAUCUAUUGCGUUCCAUGAGAAAUGUUCUGGAGGAAUUCUGGGGCUGUGUUUUGACAUUAAAGAAGCUACAUCGAGACGGUUUGCAUUUACUUGAAGUUGAAUCGAGCAAGAGGCGGGUAAAGGAACGAAUUGGAGUAAAACCUUGCAUUGCUGAUUGCUUGGAGGGGCUUUCUAUCCUCUUUGACAUGCAUCAAUCAGAAUACCAUCUCAAAUCUUCAAUUAUUUCCGCACUUUCGUGUCUCAUCCUGAAACCAAGUCCUGGUGAUCUAAAUGCACUACAAUACCUCGUGGUUGAUCAGCCAAAUAUCCCGAAAGACGAAGUACAACACAUUUUCGAUGUCAUUUUCGCAGAAGAGAUCAAAUGAUGUAAGAAGGAACUAAUCUUUCCGGAUCCGCGAUAAAAAUGUGACGAGUGCUAGCGGGUUUGCUUGAUUUUGUUAGUUUGAUAAAGUAAAUUAAUUAAUGAAGUGUUGAAAAGUCAAUAGAAUGUGAAGAAAUUUUAGAAACAAAGUGGUGAAGAGAAAAAUGAGAGGCGCAUUACCAAACUCUUAUUACA